UGGUCCGACUGUUCUUCGAUAAGUUGUCCGACCGCAUUGUAAAAUCCUUCGGAGGUACCAGAUCGUCAAUACCGAUACAAAAACCAGCUUCAAAAUGUUCGUCUCGUCAGCUGCUCGUAUUGCCCCAGUCGCCCGCAACCUGGUCCUCAAUGGAACCAAAGCCUACCUCCGACCAUUGAGCUCCGCCGUCAUCAGCCAGAGCCAGACCUUGGCCGCCCAGAACAGCACCCCAGUUGCUCUGCUGCCACAGGUCCGGUCAUUCCAGACUUCCCAGGUCAGCCGUGAUAUCGAUUCGGCCGCGAAGUUCAUCGGUGCUGGUGCCGCCACCGUCGGUGUCGCUGGAUCUGGUGCCGGUAUCGGAACAGUAUUCGGUUCCCUCAUCAUCGGCUACGCCAGAAACCCAUCGCUCAAGCAGCAGCUGUUCUCGUACGCUAUCCUGGGAUUCGCCCUGUCCGAAGCCAUGGGUCUGUUCUGUUUGAUGAUGGCCUUCCUGCUGCUCUUCGCUUUCUAAGCAACCAUCUUCUUUAAAAUAAACAGCGUAUAAGAAAAAAAACAAAA